UUUGAUACAAGAGGUCAGCUUUCAACAAAGUUGACCUUUCCGUCGUAGGUUGUCGAUCGUUAGAAAGAUUUGAAUUAGAUGUAGAAUAAUAUAGAAUGUGAAGAUAAGCUUAGUGAUAUCUUGGUUUAACAUAUUGUAACCAAGUGGAAGAUGUCUGAAAAUGCUGGUUCAGACGUUUUUGUUGAAAGUCUCAACUCGCUUGUUAAUGAGGAUGACAUGAAUGCAGUUUUGAAUGCACAGGCCAUGAUGUUGGGUCGUUUUGAGAAAACCAAUGAAAUGCUUGCAAAAUUCAAUCACCUAUCAAUGAGCCAAUUUGAAAAAGUGUCUACAGAGGUCAAAGGUCAUACUGCCAUGCUACAUGGUAUGCGCAAGGAUAUUGACAGCAUAUUCAGAAGGAUCAGGAUUCUUAAAACAAAGCUGGCUACAGAAUAUCCAGAGGCUUUUAAACUUGCGAUAGAGGACAUUGAGCCCCAUGAGCCACAAGAACUCACCAAUAGAGGGCAGCAGGUACCAGUCACAUCUGCCAGCCCUCAACAAGUACUCCUGGACAUCGAUAACCAUAGUAAUGAUGAAGAUGUUAGUCCAAGUCAAGGCAGUGCUUUACACACAGUACCCUCUAUUAACUGACACAUGAUGUGGGAGGGAAAGAGAUAUUGGUAUAGGGAGGGCUAUUGGACAUGAGAAGCGUAUUGGAUAUGGGAGAGGUAUUUGGUGUGGGGAGGUAGUAUUGGGUAUGGGGAAUGGAUAUGGGUUGGGCUAUUGAAUAUGGGGGGAGGUAAAGGGGAUCCCCAAUGAACCUAGGAUUGGUUGUAUUUUAUUCAUUACCUAAGAAUAACUUUCUCGCCUUGCUGAUGAUUCUUCCAGGUCCCUAUGAAUUUCGUUUUAAAACAUUUUACUUUCCACUUACAGGAUGGAUGAAAUAUUUGUUAUACAUUUAUGACCAGUAAAUGAAGAAACAUUAUGAUGGUGGGAGUAGAUUUGAUUAUUUGUGAGAAAAAGGCAAAAGUUUACAGGAUUUAAAUGCUGUUCAUAGAGUUACAAUAUAAAACUUGUAUUGGGAAAAUCCCCCCAAAAAAUGGGUAGGUCGGUAAGAAAACUUAUUUUUUUUUCUUUACAAAAAAUGUGUUUAUGCAUAAAAAGUAUGGAGUACACAAAAUAAUACAAUUUUUUCGCAUUGCAUACCAUGCACCAAAACAGGCUAGACCUAUUUGAACCUUAUUAGCUCAUGAAAAAAAAAAUACUGUUCCUUGUAUUCAAAAAACAGAAUAGAACAAAACAAAAACUAAAAUGCUGACCCUGAAUUUCAUAAAAUUUGGGUCGGUUGGGCAUGGCCAAUACAAUAAUUUUUUUAAUUUGGCCUUAUUGUAUUGUAUUUGGAAGAGAGUAAACAUUGAAUAAACAGGAAUGGUGAAAGAAA